AGGCCCGAGCCAUGGCCGACACGCCGGCGGCCGUCGCGGGCCUCGACUUCGACCCCGUCGAAUUGCUAGAGACGGAGUUGAAAGCGGCCGAUAGAGCGCGGCGUCUGAGAGCCGUACGAGGUUUGUCCGCCGUCGCGACGGCGUGUGGGGUCGAGGCCGCCAAGGCUCGGGUGCUGCCGGUCAUCGAGGCGCACGUUUCUGCCGGUGGCGAAGAGGAUGAGGUCCAUUUGAGGAUCGCCGAGGUCCUCGAUUUCAGCUUCGUGACGUGUCUCGGGGGUGGUGAUUCAGCACAGUUAUUGCUGCCGGUCCUAGAAGCUUUAUGCAGGGUCGAGGAGACGACGGUGCGAGACCGAGCCUGCGUAUCGUUAGCUGAUAUCUUAGAAAAGUUGGACGCGGGCAAGGCGCCGAAGACCGGCGAUCGCGUCGUGAAGCUCGUGUCUCAGUUAGCUGAUCCUUCCGGGGAAGCCUCGGGCUUCGGGUCGAAGUGCUCGGCCGCGGCGCUCUGCGCUCCGGUCCUAGCGUUUCUGGCGCGAUGUUCGGAUCGCGACGACGACAAGAACAAGGUCCGAAAAGUUUUCAGAGGCGUUUGUGAGGAUGAUGCGCCUUUGGUAAGGCGGGCAGCGGCCGCGAAGCUUUCGGAGGUCUGUGCGUCGAUCGACGGGCCCCAGGACUUCGCCACGUCGUUGACGCCGUCCAUCACGAAGCUGCUGGAAGAUGAGCUCGAUGCGGUUCGGGUCGUGGCCGUGUCUCAACUAGGUGCCGUGUUGCGAGAGGAGAAGUGCCGAGCGGGCUCGGAGGCCUGGUCCCGGACCAUCCAGCAGGAUCUGGAGAGUGAUGGUGAGGCAGCAUGGUAUUCCACACAACCCGCAGCUCGAGUAGUACAUGCGGCGCACAGCGAUACGUCCUGGCGGGUCCGCGAAGCCGUCGCGAAAAGUUUUGAUGGGUACUGCGCCUAUCUCUCGGCGCAAGCAGACGCGGAGAGCGUGGCUCCCGGUUUGCUGGACGCCUUCGCUUCAUUACUAGACGACGGAGAAGUGGAAGUGCGAGCCGCGGCGUUCCAGUCGUGUGUGGCGGUCGCGAAGCUCCUCCCGAAGCACUUCGCCGCGUCGGAAGGCGUCAUGGCGUCGACCUGCGGCGGUGCGGACAAUCGCGUCGAGUUCAAGGUACGGCUCGCGGCGGCCGGUGCUUUGGCACGAUUAUUGGGCGCAUUAGCUCCGGUAAAUGGCGCCCCCCAAACGGCCCAGGACACGAUUUUUAGGACCGUCGACGCUCGAUUAUUCAGUGAUGAGCACGUCGAGGUCGCUCUCGCGACGCUAGGUGCUCUAGCGGACGUCGUGCCACACCUCAACGAAGAGGCCGCGGCACGAGUGGCAGCUUUAUGUGCCGCGAACCCCGUGAGUGAUAAUUGGAGAGUGAGAAGAGCACUACUGAACGCCCUGCCCGCACUAGCCCAAGCGAGAGGCAAAAAGGCCUUCGAGGAACAGCUCGUCACGGGUUUAGUGGAACGGUUCCGCGACCGCACCGCGGAGGUGCGCAAGUCGGCGGUUUCAAUACUAGCUCGAUUACGAGAUCUACCUGAAAACGAGGAGGACGAGGACGGCCCUCGCUUAUUUGAUGGGGACUGGCUCAUGUCGAAUGUGGGUAGCAAGCUCAAGAGCGGCUACGGGGACCUCGAAAAGUACCUACAUCGGGUCACGGUGGUCCAGGCCUUCGAGCAGCUGAGUCACGACCAGCUCGCGCCGGAGCACGUCGAGGUCAUCGUGGAGUUUCUGUGCGAGGCCGCCAGGGAUCCCGUGGCGAACGUCCGUUUUACCGCGGUGAAGGCGCUGGAGACAUGUUCUAAACAUGCUGGCGACGAGGCCGUCUCGACGCACAUCCGGCCCCUGUUGGAUUCGCUCAAGGAGGACGGGGAUGAUGACGUGCGCGCGCACGUCGCGAGCGCGGCCGCGGCGCUGUAGAGGGUGAUUUUUGGUGGGGUCACACAUAAACUACGUUC